AUGCGAAGCAAGAGGUAUUCGUCGGAAACUGGAACGGCCAUCAUGACUGGGUUUUGGGGAUGGAGUAUGGAAAUUGACAUUACCAUUCUCGUAGAACUGUAUGAGGUACUGAUACAUUUUAUCUUCGAAAUACGAGAUAACUUCGAUGAUUUUGAGAACAAAGCCAAAAAACUGCCAUUUGUACAAGAAUAUGAAAGAGAUGUUGUGCGCAAUCGCAAGCGUAAGCUACUUCCUAGCGACACUAAUACAGGUAUACUCUCGCCAGAAGAAGACAAAGUAAUGUGUCCAAAAUGUGGAAAAAAGUAUCCAAGACUACAAUUGCUUACUCAUGUUCAAUUCGAGUGUGGAAAGCAGACCGUUCUACAAUGCCCCCUUUGCCCUAGGAAAUGUAAAAGGGACGAUAUCCUGCAAUCUCACUUGAGAAACAUUCAUAGAAUAAAUUAGGUCCCAAUUUACUAUGGCAGUAAAGUCAAUUGUGUGUUUCAUGUAGUUUUUAUUUGUCAGUAUUAUGAUCUAUGUUAUGUAUCCCCGUACAUCUUAUAUUUCUGUCUACCAAUAGUCUGUCAUUUUCUUACUGUGUGGAGACAAGCUUCUUGAUUCUACAUUUUUGUCAUUGGUUGAAAUAUAAUAGAUAAACUGUAUUUGCUUUUUACCUUUGCCUGAUUUAAAUUGUUCGUGAGACGGUUCUGGACUGCAUAUAAAUGCCAAACUAUCUGUAUUUCAGAAAAAAAUGUAUACACGGAUUUCAAUGCUGGGUAACAUCAAAGUUGGAGAAGUAUCGGUAUACUCGUAAGUGAUCUGCAUCUGUACGAAAUAAAAACAUUUCUAAUUUACUGCA